AUGUCUAGCGUAGGUUAUGGAGUCACCAUCAUUAUGCACGUCUACACAUGGUCGUGCAAGCUGAUUGUGAAACAAGCCUGCGGGUAUAUCACUAAGGUGUGUCUUUCACUAUUUUCCUAUGUUUUUGUGUUCCGAUCCAUUUCUAAUGCUCAUCAGUGA